AGCUGGAUGGAAAAAUUAAAAGAUAAGGCUGGUUAUAUGUCUGGGAUGCUGGUGCCUGUAGGGGUUGGGAUAGCCGGAGCCUUGUUCAUCUUGGGCGCACUCUACAGCAUUAAGGUUAUGAAUCGCCGACGGAGAAAUGGCUUCAAAAGACAUAAAAGAAAGCAGAGAGAAUUCAACAGCAUGCAAGAUCGAGUUAUGCUCUUAGCCGACAGCUCUGAAGAUGAAUUUUGAAUUGGACUGGGGUUUAACUGGGAUAUUCAACAAUGCUAUUAUUUUAUUUUUUAUUUUGGGGCAAACAGCAAGAAAGAACAACAUCCUGCCAUAUUGCUGCUAUCAGGCCGUCAGUCCUAGUAUCUGCUGGGUAGUAGAUUUUUCUUGUACUGAGCAGAAAAGGCAUGCUGUAUACUAAAUGUAUUAUGCAGUGUUUGUUUUAUUCUGUAGUGAAUUUCCACAACUGCAGGCUGCCACUUAUAAAUCGGCAGCAUAUAUGUUGUUUAGUAGGAGUUACUACUUAGGUAGAGUAAAUAUUUUGUGUUUUUUCACAGUGUCUUUUCUUUGGUUUGUAUUACCCGCAUUAAGUAUAAUGGUCAUUGCCACCAAGGCAUGCUUGACUUUAACAUAGAAAUCUUAACAAAGAGUUACUUCUCAUGAGUGUACUCUACCUACUUGAAACCAUAGGCUUGUGGGCCACAGUACUUACUGCAUUCGCAUCAAAACUAGCAGCAACUCUGGAUGAAAUAUUUUUCAUUAAGAUCUCUCAGCAUAUUAGGAUUAUAUGUAGAUUUGUAUGUAUCUUGUAUUAUGUACUUCAGUCUCCUAGUUUUAUUAUUUUUCACCUCCUGUUUUAACCUUAUUCUUGGCAAGGAAAAAAAUGCACCAGAAAUGAUAUAGUAUUGACUCUCAAUGUGCGCUUGCUUUCUUAAAUACUGUGAUUGAGUUCGACAGAGGUGUUCAUGUUUAUCAUUGAGAUAUUCCUUUUUUUGUACCAUUUGCCUUUACCUAGAAGAAAUGAGAAAGUAUCAAGAUCAAAAUGCAGGUAGAUCAGCUCCCAGAGCAUUCAUCUUUGCCAUUCUGUUGUGCUUGCGUAGUCACUACUUUGACUAAUUCAGAGUGUUGCUUUCCCACAUCUAUGUUCUUGACCAUGGAAAGAGUGGGAUACCAUUAGUCCUUAUUUGGCUUUACUAGAAAAACAGACAUUCUCUGGUAGAAGCAGGCCCAGUAGCCAGAGCCCUGGUGUACAACAGAGCUCGUGGAAGACCACCUCUUUUAGGACAUUUCACAAUGGGCAUGUUGGACUCUUUUAGAUCAUUUCUCAUUUCCCUUGGAAUGUAAUUUCCUGCCCUACACCAAAUAGGGUAUUUAAAUCUGGGCCUUUGGGACUUGCAGUUAGUUGAAUUUUGGGGUAAAUACUUGGUCCAUUUUCAUGGAAGAAUAAAGGUACUAAUAUCCUCA